CGCUUGUGUGACAUUAACACAACUGUUGACACAAACAAUUUUUCUUGCUGACUAGAAAGUCAUCCUGGACCUUUUCUCACAAGCUGCCUUCUUUUAAAACGUGGUCAUAGUGCCUCAGCUUGCAGGAGAAGCUUUACUCACCUAUUUACAUUCACAUUAAUCUGCAUUAAAACCUCGUGUUCCCCAUGACACUCAUCUUUUGUGUACCUUUUGAUCCAGGUGUGUGGUAUAUAAAUAGAUGGAUAAAAAUACGUGUGAAUGUUAAAAAAGAGGUUGCUGUUGGCACAUACAGCUUUUCAGUCUGUGCUCAGUGGAGAUGAGUUUUGGAAUAACAUCUGUCCUUAAAUUAUUGACUCUCUCACUCCUCAUGAAUAAUACAACCGACGAUGUUGUCAUCUCGAGGCCAUGAAAGUGUUCCUGAAUCUGUCUUUGCGAUACGUGGUUUAAAAGAUGAUUUCCUGCUCCUCAAAUCCAGCAGAGGGAGAGAAAGCCUUCGGUCUCUUGUGCUGUGACGGGACUUCAUGUUUCUUUUGCUCAUCAAGCCGGGGGGGACUAGUGAUGAGGGGCCGACACACUGAGUCUAUUCAGUCUCUGAGACGUAGCUUAAAGGAGAGACAUCCUUAAGGUGUGGGUGGAGCUUUUGGACUCUGGCGGUCUGCUCUCAGUUAUUUUGUGACAUGUCAACUGUGGAGAUUUUUCAUCUGAUGCAGCAAUAGGUGUUGUGACCUGUAGCCAGUUAUGGCACCAGGGGAUAUGGUGCAGGACCACGCCAAGCAGCUGAAGCCCAAGGACAAGCGGCCUGUAAGCAGGACAUCGAAGGCAGACUGUGAGCCCGACGGCUCCUUUGUCUUUGAGGCUCAUGAGGCCUGGAAGGACUUCCAUAACUCCCUCAGGCAUUUCUAUGAAGUAGGAGAACUCUGUGACGUCACGCUGAAGGUCGGUCCCUCUAUCCAGACUCAAGUCGGCAGUAGGUUGAUACCAUGCCACAAGCUGGUGCUGGCUUGCGUCAUCCCUUACUUCAGGGCCAUGUUCCUCUCUGAGAUGUCCGAGGCGAAACAGGAGCUGAUAGAGAUCAAGGACUUUGACGGUGACGCCAUCCAGGACCUGGUGCAUUUUGCCUAUUCCUCCAAGCUCACAUUAACUGUGGACAACGUCCAGCCACUGCUGUACGCUGCCUGCAUCCUUCAGGUGGAGUUGGUAGCGAGAGCCUGUUGCGAGUACAUGAAGGCCCACUUUCACCCCACCAACUGCCUGGCGGUGCGAACCUUCGCCGAGAGCCACAAUCGCGUGGACCUGAUGGACAUGGCGGACCGCUAUGCCUGCGAACACUUCACCGAGGUGGUGGACUGUGAGGACUUCAUCUGCGUGUCUCCGCAGCACCUGCGCACAUUGCUGUCCUCCAGCGAGCUCAACAUCCAUUCGGAGACCCAGGUGUACAACGCGGCGGUGAAAUGGCUGAAGGCGAACCCGCAGCACCACGAGGACUGGCUGGACCAGAUCAUGUCCCAGGUGCGCCUGCCGCUGCUCCCCGUGGAGUUCCUGACUGGAACGGUGUCGAAGGACGAGAUGAUUAAAGGCAACCUGAGCUGUCGCGACCUGAUGGACGAAGCCAGGAACUACCACCUGCACCUGAGCAACAAGGUGGUGCAGGACUUUGAGUACUCGGUGCGCACCGUACCCCGGAAACACACCGCAGGGGUUUUGUUCUGCGUGGGCGGCCGGGGGGGUUCUGGUGACCCAUUUCGCAGCAUCGAGUGUUACUCCAUCACAAAGAACAGUUGGUUCUUUGGCCCCGAAAUGAACAGCAGACGGCGCCAUGUGGGUGUGAUAUCUGUAGGAGGCAGGGUGUAUGCAGUCGGGGGCCAUGAUGGCAGCGAACACUUGGGCAACAUGGAGAUGUUUGACCCCCUCACCAACAAGUGGAUGAUGAAAGCCUCCAUGAACACCAAGAGGAGGGGCAUCGCCCUGGCAGCUCUCGGUGGUCCCAUCUACGCCAUCGGAGGCCUGGACGACAACUCCUGCUUCAACGACGUCGAGCGCUACGACAUCGAAAGCGACUGCUGGAGCUCCGUGGCCCCGAUGAACACUCCCAGAGGAGGGGUGGGGUCCGUCGCGCUGGGGAGUUUCGUGUACGCGGUGGGAGGCAACGACGGCGUGGCGUCCCUGUCCAGCGUGGAGCGGUUCAACCCCCACCUCAACAAGUGGACGGAGGUCAGCGAGAUGGGCCAGCGGCGGGCGGGAAACGGAGUCAGCAAACUCAAUGGCUGCCUCUACGUAGUGGGCGGCUUUGACGACAACUCCCCCCUGAGCUCCGUAGAGCGCUUCGACCCCAGAAUGCACCGCUGGGAGUACGUGUCGGAGCUGACCACCCCGCGGGGGGGCGUCGGGGUGGCCACCGUGAUGGGAAGAGUGUUCGCGGUCGGCGGUCACAACGGGAACAUCUACCUGAACACGGUCGAGGCUUUUGAGCCUCGAAUGAACAGGGGGGAGCUGGGGGGCUCCGUGUCCCACUGCCGCGCCGGAACCGGAGUCGCUGUCUGCUCGUCCCACGUCAGCCAGAUCAGGGACGUGGGACAAGGCUCCAGCAACGUGGCCAACUGCAUGUGACCCGCCGCCCGGCUCCUCCCCAGGUGACCGACUGCCACCGGUCAGACCUGAUCCCUGCACAGGCGCACCACACGGAGCACACGCACGCACGCACGCACACACACACACACACACACACAGCGACGGAGGGGUUUGGCCGAGCUGUUUCGCCGCUGUUCAAACAUCCGCCGUAGUCGCUGUGUGGCUGAUAUUCAGUCUGCACGCGGUGAUCGAGUGAUGUUAGCGUGGUUCUACUGACUUGAAGUGCACAACGGACAAAUCAGUCUUCUCUGACACAAUUAAGAUAUUUCUAUUGGUGUUUUUUAGCAAUCAGUGAUUUUUUUUGUACCGUGUUUUCGCCAUAGUUGUGACUUUUUGUAAAGGCGCCGCAGUAGCUGAGCCUAUUAGUGUUUGAUACUAACGUCUCGGGAAUGGGAGGUGAGUUUUUGAUCUUCAGGUCAACUGCACAAUAUGAAUGAGGUGUGUACAGCGGGCCAGUGUGAGAGCUUUUCAAAGGUCUCCUCUUUAAGGCUCACUAGUUUACUCGUUGGCUCUGCAUUUCUUUUCCACAGAGAUGUGAAAAAUCUCUAAUUUAAAACAAUCACGAUCACGCAUCCUUUGCAGUGCACGCAGUUAAAAUGUUAACUGUCAAUCUGAAGCACAAUGUUGAUGUUCCUGCUUUAUUAUAGGUUAAGAGCAGUUGGACUUUUUAAAGGUGCGUUUCGGGAUUAUUCUCUCCCGACUGCUGUGCGUGGAUCACAUCGCAGCAGUUCUAGCUGCAGUUUUCAAGUAAUUGUGUUCGAACAAUCAUCUGGUUCAAAUCGGGACAAGUCGUUGGGCCGGGCAGGAGGCGACGGGUUUAAACUGCUGCAAGUACCAAACAAAAAAUGGUGGGUUCCGAGUCGCCUCCUCCAGAGGGUCUGGUGACUGCGUGCCGGAGGGCGGAGGACCGAUCAGAGCAAUACGGUGCCCCUCUCGGCUUCUUUUUCACUUUGAUUGUACAGAGAUCUGUUCAAACGGGCCGGGGCAGAUACUCGCGUUGAAGAUUUGUGUUUGACGAUAGCUGGACUGUCAGAAAUCCUAAUCAGGGCUUUCAGAUGCGUAUUCGAAGCGGCGGAGGUUUUGUCUCUGCAGAUGGUUGCGUUAUAUUUUAAUAUAUGGAUAUUUUGUAUGAUAAAAUAGGUGUAUCUUUGGUAAUAUCCUUUACUAUUACUAUCUAAUCCAUUGCUGUGCACUAUUUUCCUAGAAUAGAUGUGAAGUCUCAGUAUAUUUUGGUCCUAACUGGAGCAUUUUAUGUUUUAAGUUUAAAGAUGUUUAUUUAACACCUUACUGCUAUUUCCAUAAAAAUAUUCUUUUUAUUUCUCAGAAUAGGUUUACAGAGUGAUGACUAAAACAUAAAGGUGUUAUGUUUAUAAUAGAAAUAAGAAUAUUAUUUGACAGCUUGUGUUCUGGCAAUCAUAAUCUUGGUGCGUAUUAUCAACCUGCAACAUUUUUACACCAAAAUAAAAAAACGUGUUUCCAACUUUGUAGCAACUGAGCGAGAAACGUCUUUUGUAAACUUUACUGUACUUUGUUGUUCUUUCUCCUGACUGCUGCCAUCCUGUGCGUUUUAUUUACCCGCUAUUGGUAUAAAUUGGUACAAUAAAGUUCUGUGCAAAGUUUA